AUGUCGUCCUCAUUGCAAGGCAGUCUUCCUCCCUCCGAUCACCCCGCUACUAGCAGCAUUUCUCACUCGCCUUCCACCUCAAGAUCCGGCUCACGGACACCACAAGGAAACUCGGGCGCUUCCUCCUAUAGUCAAUAUUUCUCUUACCCUGUCAGUCACGUUUUCACGGGUCUCUAUCGCCGCUUGACCGACCCAAGCAUUUCUACUUCCGCCAUGCCUUCCUCGGUUCCGUGGUCGACCUCGUCGUCUUCACCAGAGGUCUUCACGCCGCGCCGGACAGCCUCGCCAUUUCAACCUCCACCGCUGACCCCUCUCACCCUCACAAUCCCCCGAGGCGCCGAGUUGCUGCAACAGCAGCUCCUCACCCGCUCGCUCGCCGAAGAAAUCCGCCUCCUGGUGCCGCCCCGCCUCCAGCUUAUGGAGACCUGGCGUCUCGCAUACAGCCUUGACCGCGACGGUGCCUCUCUCUCCACGCUAUAUGAUCACUGCCAGCAAUUCUCCCAUCGUAGCCCGCGGGCGGGCUACGUGCUCGUUGUUCGCGACUCUUCCCCCUCCGGCGGCGUUUUUGGCGCAUACAUGACCGACGUCCCACACCCGGACUCGCAGUUCUUCGGCACGGGCGAAUGUUUCCUCUGGCGGGCGAGCGUUCUCCCACCUCCAACGAACUUGAGCCUCGCAUUCAAGGGGGAUGGACCACAAUCGGUCGAAGCGCUGGAGCGAGCAGGUCUCCCGCCCCCGCCAUCAGCGGACACUACCCACGCUGGUCGAUGGAGUACAUUCCGCAGCGACCCACGGAACAGGGUGAAGACCGAGUCGUCGCCGGCUCGAAAUUUGAACAUGAGUCUCAAGACCAACCUGGCUGCGGCCAGCGGUGGCGCGCUGGCGCCUCCGUCACCGUCCUCCAUUGACACACCGUCACGAAGUGGGGCCAGCACGCCCGAACGAAUUCGUUUCAAGGCAUUUCCCUACAGCGGGGUGAAUGAUUAUAUGAUAUUUUGCGAGACUGGAUUUCUCAGCUUGGGUGGCGGCGACGGUCGAUACGGUCUCUGGUUAGACUCAAGUCUAGAAAAAGGAGUCAGCUCUCAUUGCCAGACGUUUGGAAAUGAGCCUCUUGCCGACGAAGGCGAGAAAUUCGAGGUUCUCGGCGUUGAGGUGUGGUACGUAGGAGCUUAA